UCCUCCUCUCUCCCCCUCCUCCUCCUCCUCCUCCUCUCCUCCUGCUCCUCUCCGUCCAGACGAAGGGGCGGAAACGACACAUUUCUGUGUAACGUUAGUGAGGCUAGCGGUAUUUUGACAACAAAUACAACACGAACAGCGACGUUACCGCCGAGUAACGGAGCCCGGUGUGUCGGUUUGAUCCGGUUCGGGCGGAGCUUUUAUUAAAAAAAAAAAAAAAAAAAAACCUCAGUCACAUCGGAACCUGCUGGUCCCCAGGUCUACCUGAUGAGUAUGAGCGUGACUACAGAACCCCCUAACGAUGGUCCCACUGUUACAGAAGAGAGCAAGAUGACGACGACCGAGAAGAAGGAAAAGAAGCCGGACGAUGUGCCGGAGGAAGAGGAGGAGGAGGAAGAAUACGUGGUGGAGAAGGUCCUGAACCGGCGGGUGGUGAAGGGCAGAGUGGAGUAUCUUCUCAAGUGGAAAGGCUUCUCUGAAGAAGAUAACACGUGGGAGCCAGAGGACAACCUGGACUGUCCAGAUCUGAUCGCAGAGUUUCUGCAGUCCCAGAAGUCGGCGCACGACGGGAAGAGGAAGGCGGCCGGAGAGGCAGAAGGAGAUGAAAGUAAAACGAAGAAGAAAAAAGACGAUACAGAGAAGCUACGGGGCUUCGCUCGAGGGCUCGAUCCAGAAAGAAUUAUCGGCGCCACAGAUUCCACGGGAGAACUCAUGUUUCUCAUGAAAUGGAAAAACUCUGACGAAGCCGACCUGGUGCCCGCCAAGGAGGCCAACGUGAAGUGUCCGCAGGUGGUCAUCUCCUUCUACGAGGAGAGACUCACUUGGCACUCGUAUCCGACCGAAGACGAGAAAAAAGAAGACAAGAACUAACACGGAGCGACGGGGCGGGGUGGGGAGACGGAAAGAAACUGUAGUUUUGAACUUGGAAAGAGGGUUUGGGGACGGGACGGGGCGGGAGGAGACAAGCAAGACACCAUUGAAUUCAUUCGUCUUUUUGGUGUAGUAUCACGCGUUCGGUUCUACUUUUAUCCGGAUAUAAUGUAAUUGUAAAUAUGCUUCAGAUUUGCUUGACAAAACCCAAACGAAACGAACAGCGCAGUGUUAAAUCUCAGAACCCAGUCCGGUUUCGAAGAAAGCUCUUCGACUCCUUCAGUAUCGUUUUUAAUCACACGAUAUUGGUCCAGUGCUCGGUCAUCUUGCUAUGACAUUGUAUCAGUGAUGUUUUUAUUUCAGUAAGUGCCAUCUCUUUUUUUAUAUUAUAUAUAUAUAUUUUUUUUUUUUUUGUUAAAUUGAUUCCUCGGUGCUUUUGCGGGCAAAACUGUGUUCACUUUAGCUGUUUUUCCGUAGGACUUGUUCGGUGUACGGUUAUGAACCCUGUUCAGUGAUUUCAGUUGGUAAUCUUUGUAGUGUUUUUCAUUAACAUGUCUUGCUUGUCGGUUUUGAUGAAUAAACCACUUUUUGUUAC